GCCAUUUUAACGAGAAAACAAAACGACACCGUGGUCAUCAACCAACAAUCGUAGUGUAUCUCGUCAUUUCAUAACCGAUUCUCAUCGACCUCUCCUUCAAUUCUCCUAUCCUCAGCAAACCCAACCCGACCAACGCACACAGACUCGCUCUCUCACAGAAGCUUACACUUGGUAGAUGGACGCUAACUUCUUCUCCUUAAAAUCUCAAACAUUAGCCGUCGUCACGGCUUCCACACCCUCACUCUCCUCCUUCAUUUCACCCACUCUCCGUCCACAAUUUCUCAGGCCUGCCAAUACUUCUCGAAUGAAAAAAUGCAACAAACUCGGCCUUCUUCACACUCGCGCCUCCCCUCAACUUCUCGUCCGAGCUUCUCUCGAUUCCGAUUCCAAUUCCUUUUUUAUCGUCGUCGCUUUUGCAACCUUCACUGCUGUCGCGUACUUCAAUCACUUUCUUAAGAUUAGCAGGACUAGUUCCAAAGAGGUGUCGGGUACCUCAAAUAAUGUGUUAUCUCAACUAGGAAAUACAGUGAACUAUACCACUGAAAGUCAGAAUGGGGCUACUUCAAGAGAAAAUGACUGCUUGAUAGAGAAUGAAACCAAUCUAGUUUCUGAGGAAGAAAAUGCCCAUCAUCAAUUUCAGGAAUCUAUGUUGGUGCAUGAAGGCUCCCUGUUGACAGGUACAUCAAAUUCACUUGGUGUUGAGUCUCUUGUCUCAAGUGUUGGUGGUUAUGUUUCUCCUCAAGAAUCUGAAGCUACUGCUCUACCUUUGCCACCUCUUGUGCUCCCUGAACCAAGUGUUGUUCAGCCACUUAUGUUUGCAGCUGAUAUGUCAGAACUGCAGGUGAAGAAAGAUCAAAGAGAAAUUGAUGUGGGCACUGAGUUUCCUGGUCCGACAGUAAAUAUCAAGUCUAUUGCUUUGUUAGUUUCAGAAAACAAUGCUCAUACUGAAGAAUAUGAAGAACGAAAAUUACAUCGUAGACUUGUUGAAGAGGGUGAGAAAACUACGUGUUAUGGUGUCUUCCAAGAAUCAGUCAGAGAAGAACAAUACACAUUUCAUGGGGCAAAUCAAUCAGUGCUGAAGCCCCUAGCAAGUUUGGCUGCUGUACAAGCUAUAUCUUCUUAUGCUUCUCCUAUGAAUAGCUAUAGCCUUUUUUCACUGAAGAGGAAUACUGAAAUUAAAGGAGCAGAAUUAUCAGUACAGGAUUCUUUACAAACUGCAGAGUAUUUCCAAAGAAAAAUUUCUCUUUCACAUAAAGAAGGAGCUUUCCACAAAAGAAAAGGCAUAAGGAGAGGCAGGGACAUCCCCAGAAACAAUGAAAGUGUAAAUCUGGUACAAGAACACAGCAGAAAUUUGCAGCAAUUACCCUAUCCAAAUGGGAUGCAUGCUAAUGACACUGAUCUCUCCGAGAAAUUAAGUGUUUACAAUCGCUUGCUGAGAGUUGGGAGGUUAACUGCUUGCGUAGAUUUGCUUGAAGACAUGGAAAGAAGGGGUUUGUUAAAUAUGAAUAAGGUUUAUCAUUCAAGGUUUUUUAAUACAUGCAAAAGUCAAAAGGCUACUGGAGAAGCUCUUCGUUUCUUCAAGCUGAUCUCAAACCCAACCUUGAGUACAUUUAACAUGCUGAUGUCUGUGUAUGCAAGUUCUCAAGAUUCUGAGGGUGCUUUUCAAGUUUUGCGACUUGUUCAGCAGGCUGGAUUGAAAGCUGAUUGUAAACUUUACACGACUUUAAUAUCAACCUGUGCUAAAUGUGGGAAAGUUGAUGCAAUGUUUGAGGUGUUCCAUGAGAUGGUUAAUUCUAGAAUAGAGCCAAAUGUUCAUACUUAUGGGGCACUUAUCGAUGGUUGUGCGAAAGCAGGGCAAGUGGCUAAGGCUUUUGGUGCUUAUGGGAUUAUGAGGUCUAAGAAUGUGAAACCGGACAUAGUUGUAUUCAAUGCACUUAUCACUGCAUGUGGUCAAUCGGGAGCUGUUGAUCGUGCCUUUGAUGUUUUAGCAGAAAUGAUCGCAGAGACACGGCCUAUAGACCCUGAUCAUAUUACAGUUGGUGCCCUGAUAAAGGCUUGUGCUAAAGCUGGUCAGGUUGAUCGAGCACAAGAAGCAUACAAGAUGAUCCAUAAAUAUAAUAUCAAGGGCACUCCAGAGGUGUAUACCAUAGCUGUCAACUGUUGCAGCCAGACUGGUGAUUGGGAGUUUGCAUGCAGCGUGUAUAGUGACAUGAUAAGGAAAGGGGUGGUCCCUGAUGAGGUGUUUCUCAGUGCAUUGAUUGAUGUUGCAGGGCAUGCUGGAAAAUUAGAGGCUGCCUUUGAAAUCCUGGAGGAAGCUGAGACUCGAGGAAUGCAUCUUGGAAUUAUAUCAUAUAGCUCACUGAUGGGUGCCUGUAGCAAUGCCAAAAACUGGCAGAAGGCACUGAAGCUAUAUGAAGAUAUGAAGUCCAUUAAACUGAAACCCACAAUUUCUACUAUGAAUGCAUUAAUUACUGCAUUGUGUGAAGGGGAUCAAUUACUGAAGGCAAUGGAAAUUCUAUCAGAAAUGAAGAGAUUAGGCCUCUGCCCAAACAGCAUUACAUACUCCAUACUCAUAGUGGCAAGUGAAAAAAAGGAUGAUGUAGAUGUAGGCCUCAUGCUACUUUCUGAAGCAAAAGAAGAUGGAAUUACUCCUAACCUCACUAUGUUUAAAUGUGUAAUUGGCAUGUGCUUGGGGAGAUUUAAGAAGGCUCGUACCCUUGGUGAGCAUGUUUUGUCUUUCCAUUCGGGACGACCACAUAUAGAAAAUAAAUGGACGUCAUUGGCUUUAAUGGUGUACCGUGAAGCAAUUAUAUCUGGUACAAAACUGAAUUCAGAACUUGUUUCGCAAGUUUUGGGAUGCUUGCAGCUCCCUUAUGGUGCUGAAGUGAAAGAUAGACUGGUUGAAAAUCUGGGAGUCAGUCUUUACUCAUCAAAAUCCUCAAAAGUUUGUUCAUUGAUUGAUGGAUUUGGGGAGUAUGAUCCUCGUGCUUUCUCAUUACUUGAGGAAGCUGCUUCCCUUGGAGUUGUUCCUUGUGUAUCCUUCAAAGAAAGUCCGAUUGUUAUUGAUGCUAAAAAGCUGCAGAUACAUACUGCUGAGGUGUACCUACUAACUGUUCUGAAAGGUCUCAAGCAUCGGCUUGCUGCUGUUUGCACAGGUGUGAAACUGCCCAAUAUAACCAUUUUACUGCCCGUGGAGAAGAUGGAAAUCAUGUCCUUGAGAGGAGAGAAAACAAUCAAUCUUGCAGGAAGGACCAGCCAGGCAAUUACAGCAUUAUUGAGAAGGCUAGGACUAACUUACCAAGGGAAGGAAUCAUAUGGAAAAAUUAGAAUCAAUGGGCUUGCCUUAAGAAGAUGGUUCCAGCCCAAGCUUUCUUCUCCUUUCCUAGGAAAACCAGGGGAGCUAAGUUCAUUACAAUUGGGAAAAGGAAUCACUCAUCAGCAGCGCAAUAUUCGAACUGGUAAUCUUUCUUUAGAGUGAAGAGAGAAAUAUUUAGCUUCUAGCAGGAAGACUUGGGAUAUGGUGAAAAUGCUCAUUUCCAAAUGUGAGCCUUUGAUAUGCCCCAAACCCAACUUGCAUCUCCAUAGUAUGCACAAUUUGUGAAUGGAUGAAGACCAUUCUUUCUUACUGUAACUUUGUGGAAGUAUGGUGUGGAAGAGAAAAACAUGAAUACGGUUUCAGAUCUCAUAGCUAUCCCAGAUAACAGGAAGACCCACAUUCAUAUUCCAUUUUGAAAAGUAUAAUAAAUCAAAAAGUUUGCAAGGCUUCCAUGCUGGAAACUUCAGGUACAAAUGUUUCCACUUUUUAUGGAAUUAGUAUUAAAUUUUUAGAAUGCGUAAUAAUGUUUAUUACCACUUGUAUGAGCUGUAAAUUAGAGUGUUUCCAAUGUUGUAGCUAUAAAUUCCAGUUGCCACAACUAAAGUUAUGUAAUCCAUGCAUACUACUUUAAAAAGUAAUAUACUGCUUGCAAACUGUCCAAAACA